AUGGUUGAUGAAGCUAAGCCGAGUGAGCCAGAAAUUCCUAAGUAUGCAAAAUAUGUGAAAGAUAUUCUGGCUAACAAGAGUAGGUUGGCUGAAUAUGAAAUGGUGGAACUCAUUGAGGUGUGUAGUACAAAAAUUCAAAAUAAGCUAUCUAACAAGUUGAAAUAUCCCGGGAGUUUCAGUUUCAUGGUGAAACUCACGAUUGGAUUGGGAAAGCCAAAGCCUACUACUAUAAUAUUGCUACUAGCAGACCGUUCUGUAGCUAAGAUUAAUGGUAUUAUUAAGGAUGUCUUUGUCAAAAUAGGAACUCUCUUCUUCCCCAUGGACCAUUUCAUCUUUGAUUUUGAGUCUGAACCAGAAGUUCCAUUUAUUCUAUUACAUUCUUUCUUAGAAACUAGAGGAGCAUUGAUUGAUGUGGUUGCUGAUAGACUAACAAUGAGGGCUCAUGAUAAAGUAGAGUUCUUUGAUAUUUAUAGGGAAAUGAAGUUGCCUAUGAUCUAUGAGAAGCUUUCAACAGUGACAGUUAUUGAAGAAGAAAGAGUAGCUUAG